AUGGGAUCUUUUAGUGGCUUAGGAAUUGGGUUGAGUCUUGUUUUCGGUUUUAUUCUAAUGGGGCUUUUGGCAGAGCUAUAUUAUUUGCUAUGGUGGAAGAAGAGAAUAACAAUUAGUAGUGGAGAAAUUGAAAGUUUUUCUUUUAUGUUUUACCGGAAGAAGCCUAAUUUUGUAAACAGUAGCCAAGAACAGACAAAUUCAGUGAAAAAUCCAGCAGAAUCCACAAAUGGGCAUGAAGAAAUUGACCUUGAAUUGGGAUCGAGCAAAGAUUUGCUAUUGAAAGGGUAUGGUGAAGAUGGGGUUGAAACUGAACUAAUGAGGCUCCACAAUCUUUGUGGGCCCCCAAGAUUUCUCUUCACAAUCAAAGAAGAAAACAAGGAGGAUUUGGAGUCUGAUGAUGGCAAAACAAGGGGUAGCAGAAAAGGAUCAAGAACAAGAAGUUUGAGCGAUCUUUUUAUUGGUGUAGAUGAAACUGGCACACCUUAUUUAACCCCUAUUUCUUCACCCUCAAUUAAGGCUUUUGAUUCUUGUUAUAACCAUGGUUUUAAUCCCCUUUUUGAAUCAUUAUCAGAGGCAGAAAUUAAUAGAUUAAGAUCUUCACCUCCUCCAAAGUUCAAGUUCUUGAAAGAUGCAGAAGACAAGUUAUUUAGAAGAUUGUUAAUGGAAGAAGCUGAGAAAAAAAGGGCCUCAAUGAAUAUGAACGGAGUUUCAGAGACUGGAAAUUCAAGAAAUUUGAGCGAAGAUGAAAAGAAUGGUUCUUUUAUGUCAUUUAUCAAUAAGAGCCAUAACAAAGAAUCACAGGUACUUCCAUUGGCUUCUUCUCCAACAUUCAGACAUCAACUUGACAAAAAAUCCUCUGCGAAGUAG